UGCUGCCGACACAGUGCGAAGCCCAAAGAAGAGAAGAUGGACUGGAGCACUCUACAGACUAUUUUGGGGGGUGUCAAUAAACACUCCACCAGCAUAGGCAAAAUCUGGCUCACUGUCCUCUUCAUUUUCCGCAUUAUGAUCCUGGUCGUGGCUGCCAAGGAGGUGUGGGGAGACGAGCAGGCUGAUUUUGUCUGCAACACUCUCCAGCCGGGAUGUAAGAAUGUGUGCUACGACCACUUCUUCCCCAUCUCUCACAUCCGACUCUGGGCUCUGCAGCUGAUCUUUGUGUCGACCCCCGCACUUUUGGUGGCCAUGCACAUCGCCUACCGGAGGCAUGAGAAAAAGAGAAAGUUCAUCAAGGGAGAGAUCAAGUCAGAAUACAAAGACAUAGAAGAAAUCAGGAGACAAAAGUUUCGCAUUGAAGGAGCCUUGUGGUGGACCUACACAAGCAGCAUAUUCUUCCGAGUCGUCUUUGAAGCGGUCUUCAUGUACGUGUUCUAUUUUAUGUACAACGGAUUCUCCAUGACUCGAAUGGUGAAAUGUAAUGCUUGGCCCUGUCCCAAUACUGUGGACUGCUUUGUUUCCCGACCCACUGAAAAGACAGUGUUCACUGUUUUCAUGAUUUCGGUGUCCGGAAUUUGCAUACUGCUAAAUGUCAUUGAAUUGUCUUAUCUGCUGAUAAGAUAUUGUUCUGGGAAGUCCAAGAAGCCGGUUUAAAUAAUUGCCCAACCGCCGGAUGAAAGGUAGAUGAGACAAAAUGGAUGUGGCAACUUCUACUAGCUGUCAGGACACAGUCACCAAUAUUUCCCAAAGUAAAGAAUAGAAACCUUUUUUUUUUUUUUUUAAUGUCAUUAAUUGAAACCCCUGUAGUCCUCAUCUGACACUCCUGAUAACAGUGCCAGUGAUCUCCAGGUGGAGAUUUACU